AUUAAGCUUUAUACGGCUGUGCAUGUUGAAUAGUGCUUCGUCUUGUGGACAGUAAUGCAUGUUAGAUCAAGUUCCGAAUUCAUAAACUGCAAGUUCAGGUAAUUGGAGUUAACGUGGACUGACAGUCGGCCAGUUGGCAUAACGUGGCACUUCCGUACACUGAGAUGAUCCACAGUCUGUUCCUGAUUAAUCACACGGGAGACAUCUUCCUGGAGAAACACUGGAAGAGUGUCAUAAACAGGAGUGUAUGCGACUACUUCUUCGAAGCCAAGGAGAAAGCGUUGGAGCCCGAAAAUGUGCCUCCUAUAUUGCAGACCCCACAUCACUAUCUCAUCAGUAUAUACAGAGGGAAGCUCUUCUUCCUCUCUGUCACCCAGACUGAAGUUCCUCCACUGUUUGUCAUUGAAUUCCUGCACAGAGUCGCAGACACGCUUCAGGACUACUUUGGAGAAUGCACCGAAGGGGUCAUCAAAGACAACCUGGUGACAGUUUAUGAGAUUUUGGAAGAGAUGCUUGACAACGGCUUUCCUUUGGCGACAGAGUCCAAUGUCCUUAAGGAGAUGAUUAAGCCCCCCACCAUCCUGAGAUCAGUUGUCAAUACCCUGACAGGGGGAAGCAAUGUUGGAGACAUGUUACCAACCGGUCAAUUGUCUAAUAUUCCCUGGAGGCGAGCUGGUGUGAAAUAUACCAACAAUGAAGCAUACUUCGACGUCAUUGAGGAAAUAGAUGCCAUUUUGGACAAAUCAGGUUCCACAGUAUUUGCAGAGAUCCAGGGUGUAAUAGAAGCCUGUGUGAGACUCACAGGGAUGCCUGACCUCACUCUGUCAUUCAUGAAUCCUCGUCUUCUUGACGACGUCAGCUUUCACCCAUGUGUGCGUUUUAAGCGCUGGGAAUCGGAGCGCGUCCUCUCUUUCAUCCCGCCCGAUGGCAACUUCACCCUCAUGACUUAUCAUGUCAGCUCUCAGAAUCUGGUGGCCAUUCCGGUGUACGUGAAGCAGAACAUCAGUUUCUUGGAGACAGGCUCUUGCGGUCGUCUGGACAUCACAAUAGGACCCAAGCAGACCAUGGGGAAGAUGGUGGAGGGUUUGAUGGUCACCAUCCACAUGCCUAAAGCUGUGCUCAGUACCAACCUCACAGCCACGCAGGGAAGCUACACGUACGACCUCGCCACCAAGGUGUUGGUUUGGGACAUCGGGAAGCUGAACCCCCAGAAGCUUCCUAACCUGCGAGGCAGCCUAAGCGUGCAGGCAGGAGCUCCAAAACCUGAGGAGAACCCCUCGCUCAACAUUGACUUGAAGAUACAGCAGCUGGCUAUAUCAGGCCUGAAGGUGAAUCGUCUGGACAUGUACGGCGAAAAGUACAAACCCUUUAAAGGGGUCAAGUACGUGACAAAAGCUGGGAAAUUCCAAGUGCGGACCUGAAUAAAAGGUCGACAAUAAAGAUCCAAACCUCAUUACUGAUAAUGAAUGACUUUGCAUUCUAAGUUAUUUAUUAUUAAAUGUCAUGGCAUUACAUGUUCUGUAUAUACACCAAGCUGCUUUUGUGGCCUGUGAAGGGAAGCCUUAAUAACAAAUCAAUGUGACUUUUUCACAACUUGUCAUUUUCUUACCACUGUCUGUCUGAUGAAGGGAUUGUAAGAGGACACUGAGAUCACACAAUCAUGUUGUCAACCUAUUGAAAUAUUGCUUGUAUGUCACCUUGUAGCCUUUUUGCAUAUAAUUUUUCUACUUUUGUUUAUAUGUGAAAAAUACACUUUCUUGAGACACCGUCUUUAGCACAGGUUUUGUUGCACAUGGACAUUCACUCUGUAAUGUGGCCUUGUAUGGCGCCUCAAGGUGCUUCCUUCAGGACUUUAUAGCAAUCUAUGUCAGAUAAGUUUGCCUGUCGUGUUUUCUGCACACUAAGAUGUCAGGCUGUGAUUGGCUGUGGGUCAAACACAGCUAAAAACAGCCUACGUGAUUGGCACCCACAACGCACAACCUUUAACGUGAUCUUGAACGAAACUUCCUAUCUUAGCCCAGUAUUUGCACAAUCAUUUCUCUACAUGGAAAAAAUACUGCAUCUGCUCUUGUAUCAAGCUCACUUUAAAUGUGCAAGAUGCCUUAUUAAAACUUUAAAUGACCUUG